AUGGCCCAAUGGAUUUCGCCAUUCACUGUAUUAUUGUUUAUGCACAACCUCAAAAGGACAGCCACACAGAUAGAGUGUAACACUAUGCACCUAUUCGAGUUCUUUCUAACGUAUUCCAACGUCACAAAUGAUGAUUAUGCGGCUGUAGGCAUGGCUUACCAUUCGCAACAGACCGAGACUCCCCAGUGGAUAGCGUACACAGUCCGUCAGCCCAUCAUAAUUUCCAGUGUAAUCACUAUGGACAUUGUGACUGGGAGGAAGUUGCAGAGCUGCCAGGUCCGUAAGAACAAUGCUGAAUUUUGUUGUAUACUCAGUGAACAGCCACAAGGAGACCACGAUCCUCCUCAAUGCACCGAUGACGUCUUAGUCUAUAACACCAAUUACGAGGAGUUGGAAUAUGAUGUGAUAUAUAAGAAACGGCAGGGCAAGAUUGAUUUUGCUAGAUCGUUUAUUCGCUUCGACUUGGAAACAUCAAAAGGGCUGGUUAGUUACAUGUCGAAUCACGAAGGCAGAGAUGGUCGAGUGGUCUGUCCGCAGUUCGCGCGGCGAUACUGGAGCCAACCACCAGAGCUGGCGGAUUGGUUAACAAAUGCACCGAAUCCUGGCUUUAUUAACUGGGGUAACCUGGUGCCAGCUGUGCCAGUUGUAGAAUUCAAUCAAGUGCAUAUACGAGUGUUCGGAUUUGCCACCACGGAUCACAUUUACCGAGCUUGGCAAAUCAGUUAUAACCCACUAUAUAAAGACUUUCAAAUGACGAAAAUCCCAUGGACUAUGGAUACCGACCUAGAUACAGAAGAUGGUCUGAUGGGACAAUUGACACGAGCCAUUCAGUGGCAUCCAAACUACCGUCAGAACCUACGUGGGUGGAGAAGUACUUUUCAAGUUAAGCGACAUGCACGUGCCUUCGUGCUCCUUCUCAGUGAAUCACUUGAGAUGGACGAAGAAAUUAAUCAGUUGAUGCAGGCGUGGAUCGUGCUAGACAACAAAGGGAGGAAAUUUGUUUGGCCAGCUACGAUACAAUCACCUGCUAUUCGUAUUGUUGGACUGAGAGUGAUGAGAAAGGCAGUGUUGCAAGAAGGGGAGACCAAAAUAUUUUGGGCUGAAAAGGAGCACAUCCGCGCAGAUUCAAAAGUAACAUGUUACAAACGCCAAAAUUUCACACACCAGUAUGCAAUGACAAAGCGUGUUAUUGUCAGUCCUGGCAAACCGUAUUUUGAAAUUCGAAAUCUGACCAUCUCGGAUAGUGGAAUGUACAAGUGUACUGCAACCUCAGAGAAGUCUCCCGAGUACCAGUUUUUCUCAGACUACUACAUCAUUGUCCUACCUCGUGAAAUGGAUGUACAGAACUACCUGACGCAAAGACCACUGAAAACGACAGAUCCCGUUGAGGACAACUAUCAGUACGUAGACGUGAUGAAUCGAUCAUAUUUUAUCGGUAGCAAUCCUAUAUAUGUCAAUUGUGUUUAUUUACUAUCCACCGGUCUGGACAACUACAACGGCUACCGAACGUAUCGUGAUGGAAAGGCACUGGCGUCGUCCAAAAUGAUAAGUGAAUUCCAUCGAUAUUAUGCAACACUCAUUCUGACAGUAAGGACAUUUGAAAUGCUACCAGACCGCUCAAGUGAUCCCGUCACCACGAAGGUGACGUGCGCUCACCACUACAAACCCGAUCUGGACACUGUAAAGCAAUAUCCACUGGUGCCAACUCAACUGACUCACAUUAACAAAACGCGAACAUUGGUUACGGCGGGACACAGACCGCCUCUUAUUGUGACCGCGUCCAUCUGGACCAACAACCCGGACCUAACGGAGCGCCUUCGGAUGUCAACACUUACUCUAGAUGAUCUGUACGGAAUGCCACAUCCGCAGAUUCCAUGGAGCAAGGUGGCAGUGGGUGUGGUAAGUGGGUCCUUCAUCGUGUUGGUCAGUGCCAGGGGCGGUUGGGGAUCCGUGUCCAUGUGUGUCAGAGACACGCAACAGCAACAGCUGCAUCGAUGGCCGUGCGCUUUGACAACCUCAUUACUGACAUUGUGGGCAAACGACCCACUUCUGACGGAGCCGGAACUAACGCAAUCACACACUCUGGUCGCCAUGAGGUUCCAGUUUGAGUGCAUAAUGGCAAUGGGUCGGGAGAGCUUGAUUUUUGGGGUGUAUAACCCGAAGAAAGACAAUGUGAACAUGACACUGGUGGAGCAAACCACUCAUGAUCAAAUCGAAGCGAUACUCACCCAGCAUUAUGGCGAGGAGAGCAGAUUUGGAGUGGACAGGCAUGAGGAAGUAUCUGCCACAUUUAGAUUAGUUCGACUACUAGUCAGAUGGCAUGGAACCGUCUAUCCGGGUGCGACAGUUAAAUUGAGUUGGCGCUCAGCGCAGCAUAAGACGGAAGAAUUGAAAUGCUUCUAUAGCAUAGACGAAACGGCAACGCUGGUGGAACUUGGGUCUGAAUUCAAGUUUAGCUUGGAGAACGCUGAAUCAGUGCUAGAAGUUUCGAAAGAGAACGUCAACGAACAGGACUCGGGGCUCUAUCGAUGUGCUCCAUGUCGCAACUGCUCGGCUCUCAACGAAGCAGUGGUGUACCGCCUGGUCGUAUUGCCCGAUUUGUCCCAACUACGAAUCUCAUUAGACUAUGGAAACGCCCCUCAUAUUAGCGGUUCAGGUACUUUAGAGGAUCCAAUUCGGACUGAAGCGCGGCACUUGAAAGCCAUUUGUUCUUACAUGGCCUAUCGCGGUUUACGAGGACAAUUUGAAAUGACCCACUCAUACGAAACUGCUAUCCCUAACAGCACUGAGCAUUUCCCACUGGAAACUCAGUUGGGUAGGAAGAAAAUGGAUGUGGUUGAUGAUUAUUAUCGCCUAGUACACACGUUUGUCUUUCAAAAGCCCAGAGCACAAGAAUACUGGGCCUACGUUCGUGCCAGCUGUCAUCUAUCGUUCAGUAAUGUGACACGGGAUCCCCUCGAUAUUUUAGAUGCCUCCCCAAACAUUACUGUAACAAAAAGCAUCUAUUUAACGUAUAAAUUAUCUCGCGGCCCAGUCAUCUUGACUGGCUUCAUGGAAACAAAUCUAACAUCACUGACUGCCGAACUGCAGGGCAAUGAGUAUUUUUCGGUUGACGCUGUCCCCUUACUGCGACCAAUACGCGAAUCUGAAACCGCUGUCACAGUGAACUACACCAUAUUCAUGGGGUUACCAAAGGGAGCUACAAGAGUGUGGGUUGUUGUUCAUCUGGACGAUGAUUAUCACGCUUACGAUUGUCAUCUGGUGCACAGUACUGAGCUCGACGAUUCUCAUAUGACCACGAACUUGGUGUCUAGCCCAAUCUUUCGGGCGAAUAGAGGCAUCAACUUCUUCCGACAGGAGUACGCCUGCCUGCUAGAGAUUCACACAAUCCUUCUCGUGGUCAGUACAUAUGAAUAUAUGCAAGAUCAAUCAACAGAUGCUCUGGAUGCGAAUCUGAAAUAUAGUGUUGUCACGCGGAUGAAAAAUCAUAACGAAAUGAUGGAGAGAAGGCAUCCAUCUGUGACAAAUGCAACAAUUAAUCUCAAUAAUACUACCACUUUCAGGGCUGCUCGAUUAUCUAUCGUUUGGCAUGCAUCUCUGCAGGUGGGUCAAUCGGCCAGUAUGCUGGGUCUCCAAGCCCCACUCGCAAAUCGGCUACAGUGCUACUACAGUAGAAGCGAUCGAGGUGGGGCAUUUCUACCUAUUCGGGAGUAUCAAACAGAUUACCACGAGUGGAAUGCGUUUAUAUUUCAAAAGCGGUUGUCUAAUGUUCAAUAUGCCCAAUCUGGCACCUACAAGUGCAACACAUCCCAGCCGUGUGUUGGCUGCGUCCCCCUGGUGGGCAUCGUCCCAAGACAGAUGGUCGUCCUUCCAACUGAGUCUGUACUCAGCAUGAAGCUGAGUCUUGAACCCCUUCCGUCGCAUGCUUUGUCAGUUGAACGC